AAGAAUUUGACGAUUCAUCAGAAGAUCAGAAAUUAGUUAAAGCAUGGAGAUUAAAUCAUGGAUUGUAUCUGGCCGGCAACGAUUUUAUGCCAAGUAAUAAAUUAAUUUUAGGUUACAAUGGAAAAUUGAAUGUUACGACAUAUUCAAGAGAACUAUUAAUAUAUACAGUAGUUACGGACAGUUCAGAUAAACCAAAAUCAUCCUGGGAUAAAUUACGGGAUACUUAUCCAGAGUUUUUAUCAAUGAAAGAAAAUCCUAUUAACGAAAUUUUUGAAACUGACGUGUGUAUUUUAUUCCCAAUUGCCGAGAUCACUUAUACUGGACCGAUAAAUAAAGGAUUUAAGUUGGAUUUAAAUAGUGAAGAAGAUGAUUUCAUAACGGAUAAUUACACAGAGUACGGACACUUUUUUGCUAAAAAGCUACUUGCUGGAGGAAAAUUGUAUCUCAGAAAUUUUGACGACGCAAAAUCUGUUCAAAUAGAGCACUUAAAAUCACAUCUGGUAUGGGCACUUGACUCUUAUCAUUCGAAAAGAGAAAAUCCAUUCGAAAAUGCAACAAUAUUUAAUUUUCCUAUUAUUGAGACAACUAAUAAAAACUUUUUAAAAACGCCAAAAGAUUUAGCGAUGUGGAUUAGGUGCUUAUAUGAAGAUAAUUUGGUUGAAAUAAUAUCUUACGAGGAAAUCAUUCCUGUACUUACAUUUUUAGAUAAAGUGGAAUAUGUUUAUAAUUCUGAUGUGUUUACAAAUCGAUUGGUUCCAGGAAUCUCUAAUAAACAUCAAGAAAUUGCUUUAAAGAAUUGGAUUGAUGAUAUUCCCUUAAGAAAUUUGCUCACAUGGGUUGAAAAGUUUCCUUUUCGACAUGGAAUGUUGAUAGAUCAAUUUGGAAUCACUUUAGCCAAAAAACAAGCAUUAAAUUUUACACAAAGUCCAAUUGUUUCCAAAAGCAACGGUUAUAACCUGCAGUUUAUUCAACCCAGAACUUGUACUGAAGAGAUAUUUUUAAGAAAUAAUAUCACUCAUAAAUCAAAUCCAAUUCCAUUUGUAGCAUGCAAUGAAUAUAAGGCGGCAACACCAAUUGACGAUAUUAUUUACUUAUUUUUACAUAAUGAAAGGAUUAAAAUAUAUUUUGAUCAGUGCAUUGCGCCUUUGCCAGUCUUUAAGAAAUCUGUGGAAGAUGCAAUUCAAAGUAUUCAUCCAUAUAAGACACUUCAAGAGACAUUUAAUGAGUUUGGACAUUUUUUACCAAAGUCGGUUGUUUUAGGAAAUCAACUUAGAGAGAUAUUAAAAAAACCAAUGAACGCACCAAGUCAUGCAUUAUUUAAAAAGAAAUUU